UCAAAUUUUGCUGAUCGCUAUGAACAAUUCGCCGUUGAGUUGGACUCCCAGUCCUUCCGUAUAGCUGCUGCGAUCAUCACGGGCUUGCCUCAGCGGUUUGCUCUAGCUUCGUGGGGAUGAAAUGAACGAACUUUCCUUAUGGGUUUAUGCUCCAGCACUGCUGGUUGAAUUGAUGCUCAUACAAUGGCUUCCGUUUCUGCUUCUGCUCAUUUUCUUGGCUUGCUCUGAUAUUCUUCUUGGCUCGUGCUUGUCAUUCGUUGAGUCUGAGUUGAUUGAAGGUUCCUGAUUGAAAGCUGUUCGGGGUACCGGGCACGAAUCUUUUGAAGCUAUAUUUGCUGUCUGAUUCAGCUCAAGCUAUGUUUUGCAGUAAUCUGUGUUAUUCGAUGAAGAAUGUUACAUGGGGCUGGUUUAAUUGUCGUUUGUUUUGUCUCAUGAUAAGUAUAACAAUUGUUUGGGAAGUAAAGGGAGAGGAAGAGGGAGAAUUUGAUUGUCUCCUUCAGCUUGUUUCUUAAGCAAAAGCACAACUAGUAUGGAGAUAUGGGUUUCAUUAUAGUCUUCACUUUCUUGGACUCGUGGUGGUCCCCUUCUCUAUCUACCGAAAUCUAGCUCCAUAUAUAUCAAUCAUCAUGAGUGCUUCUUCCGAGGAGAUUCACUUGUUGUACAUAAGUUAGGACGAUGCACUGGGCACUACUGAUUUUGGUUGAGUGGCGAUAAGGACGACAAUGGGAGGCUGCUGUUGCUGCUCUUCCAGGUCGGGUGAAUUAAAUAGUCCACCGCCUUAUUAUUUUUGCCCGAGAGUAUCAGAAGAGCAUGUUCCUUUGUCAUCCCACCAGGGUUCUGCCUCUGGACUCCUAUUUGACACAAAUCCGGUGUCUUCAAUCCCUGACACCUAUAGGCCCCCUCCUUCACCUUUGCAAUAUGAGGUAGCUUUAGAGCAUCCUCAAAUUCCAGCAGUGCCACAGGAAACUGUGGACAACAAUAACGGCAUGGCAGUUCAAACAAAUUCUGAUUUUGUGAAAGACUCAAAGCAAUCAGAUGAGAAGGCCCAGCGCAAUUCAGAGCUUGAGCCAGCCGAGGAACCUGGACUGGAGCUCUCAAAGUCUUUGAAGAGUAAAUCCUUUAUGGAGGAAGAGGAGGAAGUCUGUCCUACCUGUCUCGAAGAGUAUGAUACUGAGAACCCGAAAAUCAUUACCAAAUGCGAGCAUCAUUUUCACCUUGCAUGCAUUCUGGAAUGGAUGGAAAGAAGUGAUACCUGUCCUGUCUGUGAUCAGGAAAUGAUAUUCAGUCCAUCGAGUUAGUGCUUCUGUUGUUCCUCUGGUUAAAGUUAAGAAUCACAUUUUCAGAGAUUGAUGAUUUGUCAGUUUUAGCAGCUAUUCAGCUGCCUGUGCUGUUUUGUUCGUUUAACAGUUCCUACACUAUGGGUUGAAGUUGAAGGACAAAGAGGAGGAAUUCGGGGCCAGUUACAGCAGCAUAUUAAAGUACAUUCUUGCCUGGAUUGGUACGCUGAGCCUUAAAACUCCCAAACAAUUUUAUGGCUCUCUCGUAGGAACAUCUGGAUAGGAUUGGGUUGUAAGUUGCACCGGCUUCGAUUCUCUUGUUCUCUUUUCCGGCUUUUCGGGUGAGAGGUGCUUCUGUGAAGAUAGAAUAUGUAAACCACAGGGAAUUGGAUUGUACGAAAAUGAAUCAUGUGUAAGAUAGAGGUCAAAUUUUUACUUGGAAGCUUGAUCGCCGGAUGCUGAAUUUGUCUCCAAUUUCUCCCUUUCCAUUA